AUGGAGGCAAGAAACCGCGAGGCCAGGAACCGCCGCAGGCGUGCACUAAGAUGGACGGCUAGAGAGACGGAUGCUGCCACGAGGGACCUCCAGUUGAUCUUGGGAAGAGGGACCGAUCUUGGCUCGUCGCAAAAAUAUGGCCAUGAUAUAUUUGGUCGAUAUCGCCUUGAUCCUCCCGCCUUCCGCCGCCACGGCACCAGAAUCCGGGUCUACAACAUGGACACGCUCGACGCCGCCGCCGAACUGCGGAGGCAGGCUAUGGCAGAUCCGCGGUGGCGGCGAACCCGCCGACCCGCCGUCCUCAACUUUGCCAAUGCCGACCAGCCCGGCGGAGGUUGGUGGAACGGCGCGGUAGCCCAGGAGGAGGCCAUGUGCUACCGCUCGACGCUAGCGUAUAGCCUCCAUCGACGGGACUACCCGUUGGACUCCCUCGAAGGGAUAUACUCUUCGUGCGUCGCCGUCCUGCGCGACAGCAUGAGCUCUGGCCACGCGUGGAUCACCAACAGAAGGUUGCUGAGCCCCGACACGGUUCGGGAAUUACUACCCUGGUAUAGCGCCCUGACCGUUGCAGCAAUCUACAAGCCCCGAACGCGAUACGAGACGAUAGGCUGGUUGCGGCGACAGACCAAAGUCUUUGCCUAUAACGCGGACCGGCAACUGGCCAAGGACAAGAUGAGGCUCGCAUUGCAUAUGGCGGCCAUGUAUGGCCACGACAUGCUUGUCCUUGGUGCCUUUGGCUGCGGCGUCUACGAGAACCCUCCCUGGGAUGUUGCUCAAUGUUGGCUCGAGGUGCUGAGGGAAUAUGGGCCCCGCUGGCGAUGUGUAUGGUUUGCUGUCUAUGACCCGCAGGGGCAGGGCAACUUCAGGAUAUUUAAAGACGUGUUGGACGGGAGAACAGUUUAA